AUGUCGUCAUUCUUCGAAAAACUUUCAUCGGACCUCACCAAACUACUGAAAACCCCUAAUGAUCAUAACGUGAUCUUAGAAAUAGGCGGCGAUUCGUGUUUUCCAUCACCGUCGUCAUCCCCGCCAAUGAAUCAAGCUCCUUUAAAUCAAAGAUUCCGAAUAUUCAAAGCACACAGCGCAAUAUUAAGAGCGAGGUGUCCAUUCUUCGAAGCUGCGUUAUCUAGCGAGUGGGUCAAAAAAGAAGGCAGCUUGAUGAUCAUCAAAAAACCAAACAUUGAGCCUCGAAUUUUUGACAUUGUUUUGACCUACAUCUACAAUGGUACAGCAUCCCUUGACGAGAUUCCACCCGUUGAAAUAAUGAAACUUUUGAUCUGUUCUGACGAGCUGGCAUUAGAAGAGUUGAUCACGCACACCCAAGAAUUCCUCAUCAAAAAUCACCAACAAUGGAUUCAAUCAAAUGUCCUUUCGAUACUUGAACAAGUGUUUGAUCAUUCUUCUUUUAGAUCGUUGCAAUCUUAUUGCGUGGAAUUAUUGAUUUCAACUCCGAGUUUAUUGUCCAAAAAUACAAAAGAAUUUCUAAAUAUUGAGGAAGGACUAUUAUUUGAAUUGUUGGAAAGAGAUGAUUUCAAUAAGAUGGAAGAAAUCGAAAUCUGGGAUCUGAUUCUAAGGUGGGGAGUCGGGAAUUGCGUGGGAUUGUGCGAUAAUGUAUGUGGUGAUGAUGCCGACGAUGUGAAUGAUAUUGGCGAUGUCAAGAUUAAAAACGAUAGGACCAAAGAUAUUAAAAAUCAUAAUGUCGAAAACUGGACUGAUUCCGAAACUCAAGAAAUAGCGAGAAAAAUCUCAAACCUCGUCUAUCACAUAAGAUUCUCGGAAAUCUCGUCUCAAGAUUUUUCUUCAAAAAUUGAACCCUUUUCAAAAUUAUUCCCCGCCGCUCUCUGGAAUGAAAUACAAGGUUACUACGACUCGUCGAAUUACCUCAACGCAUCUUCACUACUACCGCCACGUCGAAAAUUUGGUUCGAAUAUUCUUUCGCACGAGCACCUGGAAAUGUUAUCAGAUUGGAUUGACCCCAAAGAUGACUUUUCGUCUUUGGCGUUCCCGAACGAUGUCACUCCCUACAAAUUUAAUUUACUAUAUAGAGCAUCAGAUGAGAGUUUCAGUCUUAAGACCUUACAUGAAAGAAUCGAUUGUUUACCCAACAUAAUAGUGGUAUCAAAAGUUUCGGGAAGCACUGAGGAAGAAAUUGUCGGUGGUUACAAUCCUAUAGGAUGGGAAGAUAGUGGAGAAUUCAAUCCUGACAUCGCAAAUAGUUUCCUGUUUAGUUUUAAGACUCGCAAAGACCAAACUUUCGGUAAGAUAAGUCGCAUCAAACAAGCCAUGUUAGACAAGGUGAAAUUUGAUUCCAAAAUUGGCCUUGUCUGUUUCGGUAGUAGCGAUUUAAGGAUUGGAGGCAUAUUGCGUCGAAAGAGUGGUUACACGCAAUUGAAAUAUUAUGAAUCCAAAAUUAGGGAUUUUCAAGGAACCUUUGACAUUGAUGAUUAUGAGGUUUUUCAGGUAUUGAAGCAGAACCACGAUGGUUGA